AUGGCCGCACCCGAACACGACCCUCGGUUGCUCUACAGCAUCAGCAACAUCACCGCAUACCAUAUCCAAAAUGGCGAAGAAACCGAGCUCACUCCCUCAGGACCCCAGAACCUCUCCCUCCUAAUGGUCCCAACGAGCACCACUCCUCUAGGAAAUGGGCCAGCAGAAGAGGAUUUCUACCUCCAUCUGCACCUUCCUCCGGAGCUCGACCUCGCUCUUCCCGCGACGACUCAAAUCUACCACCAACCGCCGACCAGCUACUUGAUUCCCCGCUGGGAUCUUGGUCCGGAUGCGGGCGCGUUCAUCCGCAUACAGUUUCCUGGAGUCGGAACUGGGCCGGGGAAGGUGUCGCAGGAUGAUGUGGAUACCUUUGAGACGAUUUUGGCGCAGUGCACUGCGUUCCUUGAGAGGGCGCCGGCGCCUGUGUCCAAGGAGCAUGCGCCGUAUAACCCCGCGAACUUUGCCCCGGGCGAAGGAUAUGUCUCGCCUGGGACUAAGCCUACUAAGAAUGCGCAUGGGCAAAUUGUACUUAUAGAUGAGGAGGAUGGUAGUGUUGUCGGAGAGAUGGAGGGGUAUGAUGUCGUGGAGAGGCCUGGUGUUCAGCCGGGGUCGAAGAGACCCGUUGAAGUCCAACUCCCCCAAGAAGGCGAAGGUAAUCAGAUCAGCGUCGACAAUGCCUCUGAAGAAUACCUCCGAAUGGCGCGCCAUCCGGCCUAUAAAAGCUCUACGAUUGUCCAGUCAUCGGCGACAGCGUCUCGUCUUGUUGUCACCGGCUCUUCGUACAUCUCCAAUGUCUUGACUAGCGGUGCAGAGGGCUUCACUAAAAAGGUCAAGCCGAACCAGCAGCCCAUGACCUUCUCAGACACAACACACGCGCGCAUUCGAAAGAUUGGAAAUUUCUCCCACGGCGCGGCAGAUUUAUCAGCCAAGACAGUCGGCCAGGUGGGCAAGUACGCGCAGAACCUUGGUGCAUCACUGAGCCGGAAACGGGAAAAGGGAGAGCGGGGUGCCGACUACAAGCCCGGAAUGCUCAACAAGUCUAUGAUCGCCUUCUCCACACUGGCGGAUGGUAUCGAGCAGGGCGCGCGGAACCUCAUGACUUCGGGCUCCACGGCUGCCAGCACCAUGGUCGCGCAUCGCUACGGCGAGGAAGCAGGCUCCGUAGCCGCCAGCUUAACUGGUGGCGUCAGGAACGUCGGGUUGGUGUAUAUCGAUGCAUCUGGUGUGAGUCGAAAGGCGCUUCUCAAGUCUGUGGCUAAGGGUAUGGUCGUUGGACGCAUGAAGGACGGUCAGCAGGUCGUCGUUGGUUCUGGUGAUGGUGGUGACGUUCCGCCUGAAGCGAGCGCGGCUGGUCCUUCGGGCACCCGGCCUCAGGGCUCUGGGACUGGUCCCAAUCCUGUUGCCAGACGUCCUUCGCCAAAUCCCACUCCGCCUCCUGCGUACGGUGCAUCAGACACUAGGUCGCUGGGAGGAUCGGCUAUGGGUGGGGGGAAGCGUUAA